GCCGCGGCCAUCGGGGUGGUGAUGAUCUUGAUCCUGGUGAUUCUGAUCCCGGUGCUGGUGAAUUCCGUGGGCAUCGACGGGCAAUACGAGAUGCUGGGCACCUGCCACAUGGUGUGCGAUCCCUACGUAGGCAAGACCACUUCCAGUGCCGGUAUCCGAACCGAGGGGGGCGAAGUUCUCGGCGGCGGCGACCACAGCGGUGUGCCCCCUCCGUCCACCCUCGUGCAGGGACCCCAGGGUAAGCCAGGGCGGCCAGGCAGACCAGGCCCUCUGGGCCCUCCGGGAGAGCCAGGAUCUCCAGGGGCCGUAGGGGCCCUGGGGGAAAAAGGGGAACCAGGGAAGCCGGGGCCCCCCGGAUUGCCCAGCCCGGGACUGGGCACUGGGACCAUCAGCACAGCCACCUAUACCAUGGUGCCCCGUGUUGCCUUUUAUGCCGGCCUCAAGAACCCACAUGAAGGUUAUGAGAUCCUCAAGUUUGAUGACGUGGUAACCAACUUGGGCAACAACUAUGAUGCCACCACGGGGAAGUUCACCUGCAAUAUCCCAGGCACCUACUUUUUCACCUACCACGUCCUGAUGCGCGGCGGUGAUGGGACCAGCAUGUGGGCAGACCUGUGCAAGAAUGGGCAGGUGAGAGCCAGUGCCAUUGCGCAAGAUGCAGAUCAGAACUAUGACUAUGCUAGCAACAGCGUCGUCUUACACCUGGAUGCUGGUGAUGAGGUUUUCAUCAAGCUGGAUGGGGGCAAAGCCCAUGGGGGCAAUAACAACAAAUACAGCACCUUUUCAGGCUUCAUAAUCUACUCAGAUUGA